AUGUCCCCCAAACGACCGUACCUGUCUCAGAAUCACGUGCGCUUUCCCAUUCGCCAAUGUGGAUUGGGGGCACAACUAUGCCAUGAUCGUUCCCUCCACUACAUGAACAUUCUCCGCGCCGCAGAAAAUCUUCCCCCUCUGACAAGAAAAAAAUGUCAAGGCCAGUAUUGGAGUAAUCACUGUGAAUGUUUUUCGCGCACGAAAAUGCUGCAUAAACAGUUGCAACCAUGGAUGCCGCAGGGCGUGAAAUAUUGUAGUGAAUGUAGGGUUUUCACCAAGAGGAGGAAGAGCAAAAAGUUUCGAUGUACACACGGCCGCAAGAAACAAUAUAAUCACAAUGCGCAUAUCACAUCGAAUCUAUGGACCAACCACAAGGGACGCGGUGGUUAUUAUCAUAAGCUAUGGAAGAAAUGGUUCAACAAUUCCGCCUUCGACAAAAUGGAAGAUCGUCUCCGUCACGGCAGGCGAGAAUCCAAUCCGCGCUAUAAUUUACGGAAAGAAUAUAUGCCCCGUGCUAGAUAUUUAGAUACGACUUGGUCGAGACACGAGCGAGGAAGCUGGGUUUGA